AGCAGAGUAAGAGAGAGAAACCCACUCUUCUCAAUCAGUAGCAGGAGAGAGAAAGAGAGAGUUAGAGAGAGGUACUGAGUCAUUGUGUGUGAGAGAGACCUGCUCCCCUUCGACAGAGUAGGAGCUUCUCCUAUGGGUGCAUCUGAGCUAAACCAGUUUUGAUCCAUGGAGACCUUAGGCUCAUUUUUCGGCUCUCUGCGCCAUCUCUCUCUCAUCCUCUUUCAUUUCUGCUUCUGCUUAUUCAUCUCAAGCCACUGCUUUAAAUCCACCUCAAAUCCUCCGAUUCCAGAGAAAAGAAAGCACUCUUCCUCUGCAACAAACCCCAAGAAAUUGGUUACCUCUUCAUGGUCUUUUAUGAAGAAACUCUUCUCUUGCCAUAGUGCUUCAAGCUCCAGUAAUGGCUCCCUUUCGAGACCUCGAACCCCACCCGGAUCAUCAACCAGGCUCUCUCAAGCUUCCUCUCUCUCAUCGCACGCCACGGUUUCUCUUUCUACCCCAACUUCUCGUGACAACACUCUUUCUCUCUCCACCCCACCUCACAAGAAACCAUGUCAUGAUUCCUGCAACGAUCUCGAGCCCCAUCCCCUGCUUUCUCUCUCUAACAGGAUUGCACUAAUCCCCUGCUCAAUUUGUGGUGAAAUCUUCAACAAACCCCAACUUCUGGAGCUCCACCAAGCCGUCAAGCACGCUGUCUCGGAGCUGACGGACCGUGACACGGCGAAAAACAUAGUCAAGAUCAUAUUCCAAACCAGUUGGUUGAAGAGAGAGAAACUCCCCGAUAUACAGAGAAUUCUCAAGAUCAACAACAGCCUGAAGAUCCUCGCCAAGUUUGAAGAAUACAGAGAAACCAUCAAAGCGACAGCCUUGAAGUCCAGCGUGCACAAGCAGGCCCGAUGCGUAGCUGACGGCAACGAGGUUUUGAGGUUCCAUUGCUGCACCUUCACUUGCUCUCUUGGCUUGAAUGAGGCUUGUUCUCUCUGUAAUCACCAUUAUUGCAGUCUCUGUGGGAUUAUAAGACAUGGGUUUUCCUCUAAACUUGAUGGGAUUUCCUGUUAUUCCAGUAGUUAUAAGGCUCAUGGGUCUAUACCUGCAGAUCUAGAGAGAGAAUUCUCUUUCAUGAAUGUGAAGAGGGCCAUGUUGGUUUGUAGGGUGAUAGCUGGGCGCAUUGCUUAUGAUGAAGGGAUGAGUGAGAAAGAGGGGUUUGAUUCAGUUGCAGGAGGUUGUGGUGAUAGUAGUGGAUUGGAGGAGUUGUUGGUGUUCAACCCAAGAGCUUUGCUUCCUUGCUUUGUGAUCAUAUACAGUAUGUAAAGAUUGUGAUUUCUUGUGUGGUUUUUGGAUAUGCGAUCAAAUUGUUAUGGGAAUGAAAAUUUGAAAAAUUUCCCUGUUUUAAGA